AUGAGGUGGCUAAAGAGGAAAACCUUGCGGAUGAAGGGAAUCUCAAGGAGGACGAGACCCCAAAGGAUCUGUGAAAGCCAAGGAUACUACUUAGGCGCACCUGGAAUAAUCCUAGUAACCGUUAUGGUGAGCCGAAGCGGUGGACUAGGACACGAAAACGGAGAACCCUCUAACGCGAACCCCGACCUAGCCCAAAUCAUGCAGGUGUUCAUAGCUGCCUUGAACGCCAACCGCCAAAACCAAAACCAAAACCACGACGAUGGACCUAUGACCCGAACCAGAGCGAUGAACGAAUUCUGCAAACACCGACCUCUGACCUUUCACGGAGACACCAACCCUGUUGUAGCUGAGACGUGGCUGAAUGAGGUCAAGAUGAUCCUCAGAACCCUCGAAAUUACCCAGAAUGGAGAUCGUGUGGCUCUCGCCACCUACCAGCUGAAGGGAGAAGCCCGAUAUUGGUGGGAUCUAAUGGAGGCAACCCACGCCGUAGCCACCAUGACAUUUGCCGAGUUCGAGACUCUGUUCCUCGACAAAUAUUUUCCCACGCCCCUUCGCCUGGCCAAGGAGCAAGAAUUCCUGAACUUGAAGCAAGGGACCAUGACCGUUACCCAGUACGCGGCCAAAUUUGAGGAAUUAUCCCGUUACGCCUUAACCUCUAUACCAACCGAAGACAAGAAGGCACGAAGGUUCAAGUGGGGACUGACGACUGCUCGGAAGGCGGUAGUAGCUCAAGCAUUUAUCACUUAUGCUGGUGUGGUAAAGUGUGCACUCCGGCUAGAGAGCGAGGAGGCAGACUUUAAAACCCGCUGGAGGAAGGCAACCAGCAGCACCAGCGGACCAAUCCGCACCCAAAACCUCAGCGAUGACCGUGGACCCUACUCCACCAAACCCUUUACCCCGUCUCAGAACAACCAACCCUGGAGAACUACUAACCCUGAAAAUGGCGAACCAAAGAGAGGUGGUAGAGACAUAGCGACAGUUCAGUGUUUCAACUGCCAGGCUAUGGGUCACUAUAAGUGCGACUGCCUCCAACUUCAAAGAGGAGGAAAUGGAAGCUUUGGAAAUCAAAAAGCUCAACAACCCGGACAGGCCGAUUUUGUGAAGCAAAACCUUGGAAGUCCAUCACAGCAGCAGAAUGGGCAGAACAAGGGAAUGCAGCCCAUGGGAUACUAG